GCGUGAAGCGCGAGGGCAAGGACCAAUCAACUGUGACUCCGUCGUGAGGCUCGAGGGCAGGCAGGCGCCGGUAGAUUAGCUGGCGACAGUUACAGUUGUUCCCGGGCUGCGCGGCUGAAUCCUGCUUCCCUGCCGGGGGAGAGCGGAAUCGGCCUAGAAAUGGGGCCGCUGACCCGCGCCCUGCUUUUCUGGGCAGCGCUCAGCGCCGCCCGCGCCGUCGUGUAUUUCCGGGAGCAGUUUAUGGACGGAGUUAAAUGGCAAGACAGAUGGAUGAAUUCUCAAUAUAAAUCAGAUUAUGGGAAAUUUAGAUUAACAGCUGGGAAGUUUUAUGGAGAUGCAGUCAGAGAUAAAGGUCUACAAACUAGCGAAAAUUCUAAAUUUUAUGCCAUUUCAUCACGAUUUAAACCAUUUAGCAAUAAAGGAAGAUCUCUGGUCAUUCAGUACACAGUAAAACAUGAGCAGAAGAUAGAUUGUGGUGGUGGAUAUAUUAAGAUCUUUUCCUCAAACUUGGAUCAGAAAAAUAUGAGUGGAAAUUCACAGUAUUACAUUAUGUUUGGACCAGAUAUUUGUGGAUCUGAAACAAAGAAAGUCCAUGUUAUUUUAAAUUACAAGAGUAAACCACAUCCAAUGAAGAAACGAAUCAGAUGCAAGGUUGAUGGAUUCACUCAUUUAUAUACACUAAUUUUAAGACCAGAUCAGACUUAUGAAGUAAAAAUUGAUAAUGAAAUCAUUGAAUCGGGCAACUUAGAAGAUGAUUGGAAUUUCUUGCCACCAAGGAAAAUAAAUGAUCCUACAGCAAAGAAACCCAAGGAUUGGGAUGAUGUACCCCAAAUUGAUGAUCCAAAUGAUGUCAAGCCUGAGGAUUGGGAUGAACCUGAAUACAUUCUGGAUACUAGUGCUGAAAAACCUGGAGAUUGGGAUAAUGCAACAAAUGGAGAAUGGCAACCUCCUAUGAUCAAGAAUCCACUAUACAGAGGUGAAUGGAAACCAAGGAAGAUUGAUAACCCAAAUUAUAAAGGAGUUUGGCCCUGUCCACAGAUUGAAAAUCCAGACUACUCACCAGACUUCAAUAUCUAUAGCUAUGAGAACAUUAGCAUAAUUGGACUAGAUCUUUGGCAGGUGAGAGCUGGAACAAUUUUUGAUAACUUCUUGAUCACAGAUGAUGAACAAUAUGCAGAAGACUUUGGAGAUGACACCUGGGGUGAAACAAAGGACCCUGAAGAGAAAAUGAACAUAAAACAGACUGAAGAAGAAAAGAAAAGGGAAAGGGCAAAAGAAGAAAAGCGUUUUAGGGCAAGGUUUAACAGGAAGGUCGAAAAGCAAAAAGAAUCUGGAAAGGCUAAAUUGAACAGGAUAACUGUGAAGAAGGAGGAGCUUUAAUUCUUAUUUUAAAAGACUUCAAAGAAAUCUCUAAAGUUUGGCUUUUCUCUAAUUUGUUGUACAGAGGUUCAGAUAUAUUCUUAAUAGCUAAUUGAAAGUAAUAUUUAAAACUACUUCUAAUAAAACUUUGCUAGAACUAUUCAUUUUUAUGAGAUUUAAAUAUAUAUAUUUAGCACAGGAAGAUAUUAAGAAAAUAUGUUUCCUGUAAACAGAACAUGGAAUUGAAAGAAUUCAAU